AUGUCAAAGCAGCGAGCUCCAAUCGACAGCGCGAGACUGAUGCUGCCCUUGUUUCAAGAACGAACUACGCGCCCGAAAUAUAAUUCUCUUCCCAGCACCAUAUGCCUAGUUCAGCGACCUACAACCAGUCUCGCAAGCGUCAGUAUCCUGAGCCCCAUCGAUCCGACAGGUCGCGAUUUCGGAAAAGAGGAGUUGGAUCGAAGAAACGGCCUUCCGAAACCACCCAAGAACCAUCAUAGACCUAUCACUCGACAAUUUCACACCGAGCUGAAAAAGCGCUGUAAUUCUUUUCAGUUCGCUCCGGUCUUUCUCCGUGAUUGUGCACCUGCUUGUUCAAAGCAGAUAAAGAGGGCUUCCAGAUUGGGAGGACCUGACCUAACUGACCUUAGAAAUUAUCCUAAACCGGAAAACUUCCUCGAAAAGGCAAUGAGCUCAAGGUCUCGGAGUAGAAAGCGACGCGCAGGUUCUCCAUCAACAGGCGCAGAUACGAGGGAUACCACCAAGUCCACGAGCAAUACACCCUAUAAUCGUAACUUCCAGCAGAAUAUGAUUGACCAUGGCGUUUACCCUGACGGAUAUGAAUAUCCCGAUGGUCGAAUACCAGCAAUGCCAAAUAACUGGAAGGAGAUCAAUGAAACAUUAGCUCGACCCCGACCCUCCCUUUCCCCAUCGAAGUUCUCUGAUGAACAUUUCCGGAAAUUCAAACGAGCAGAUACCCACUCAUCUAAAGAACAACCGGUCACAUCGUCAGUGAUUCCUAUCAUCGAAGGUGAUGUUGAUGAUCCCAAAUGCGCCGGAGGGGGAUAUCCACUUGGAAAUCUUGCCCCCUUAACUGAUGGUACACUGGCUCAGGCCAAGCCAGAUCACUUCUACGGUGCGCGUCCUGAACAGCUUGAUCGUCAAAUCCGCAGCGAACUUAGCGACCAUAUCUUUCCCGCAACACAGGAUGAUCUUCCAAUGGUUCCAAAUUUCUUUUUGGAAGCAAAAGGCCCUGAUGGAUCCUUGGCUGUGGCUACACGGCAGGCAUGUUAUGACGGCGCACUAGGAGCUCGGGGAAUGCACGCUCUCCAGUCAUACCAACAAGACGGAUCAACUUAUGACAAUAAUGCUUACACUCUUACAUUGACUUAUCAUGGCGAUACACUCAAGCUAUACACAACUCAUCUCAUCAAGCCCGAAGGCCCAGGCCGUCGCCCUGAAUAUAUUAUGACCCAACUCAAUACUUGGGGCAUGACUGGGAACCUGGAAACGUUUCGGCAAGGAGCAUGUGCAUAUCGAAAUGCUCGAGACUGGGCAAAGGAAAAGAGGGACGAAUUUAUAAGGACAACAAAUGAAAGGCACUUAGAGGCUCAAUCUCAACUUCUCCAUUCUACCUCUCAGUGCCAGAUAGCUUCCGAGGCAGCCCUUACCUUGGACGGCUCUGAUGUAUCGACAUUAUCUGACGAAACAGAGUACCAAGACGCGCAAUGGAGCUUCGCGGAUACAACCAAAGAAGGCGGAAGAGACUCUCAUAUUCUUAGCAGACAUGCCAAGAAGCAGAGAGUUGGCUCCAUUGUUCAAGGUGAUGCAACGGGUAAUAAGACUACUCGGUGUCUGAAUUGA